GGAGCGAGCUGACAGUUAUUUUGUGGGUCCCCGAGAAAACCCACCCUGCCAAACGGCUGGCACAGAACAAGAUCGUUCUUCCCGUCCUAUUCAGGCCGAGCAUCUUUAACUCCUUGCGUACUUUCGCACAGUGUCUCUGAUGAAGCUCUAGUAUCUAAUUUUGAUCCUGCUUCUUCUGGUCAAUUGCCGACAACAUUUAUUAAGGAUAUGGCGUAUGUGCUCCAAUCUCCCAAAUCAUCAUGAGUAGUGCCCUUCGAGUUUCUGGACGAGCUAUCUCGAAAUCCCUCUUCACGCUCCAUCUCUUCACGCAGAAUGACAUUCUGACAACUAUCAUCCCAACGACACUUUUUGCGCUGGUGGCAGCCCCCCUCUGUAACCCCUAUCGAUGUGUCCCGGUGGUCUGGUGGAUUUGGCUCCACCUCCUUCACUUUAACGUUGCCAACCAAGUAAUUGAUCCAGCGGAAGAUGGCAGGAACAAAGCUAGCCGACCAAUACCGGCGGGAUACAUCAGUUUACGAGAUGCGGUCUAUCUACGCUGGUCCCUGGUUCCCAUAUGCUUGAUAUCAUCAGCAUUUUAUAGCAUUCAAGUGUUUAGCGCAAGCCUAGCGAUAACUUUUCUCACUCUCUGGUACAACGAGUUCAAAGCCCAUAGUCACUGGUUUUCAAAAAACUUGAUGACUGGCUUAGGAUAUGCUUGCUUCCAGGCCGGGGCCACCCUCAUCGCAGGCCGAGAUAUGUCGCGGCUAGAUCCUAGUGCUAUCUUGGCUGUGCUGCUUAGCAUCGCGAUGUUUGCCACCACGCUGCAAGCGCAGGACUUCAAGGACCAGGAAGGAGAUCGUUCCAUAGGCAGACGGACACUGCCAAUCGCGUAUCCUUCUCCAGCUCGCGUGUCCAUGUUUAUAGGACUUCCGAUGUGGUCAAUUUGUCUCACUCAAGUCUGGGGGAUGGACACAUUCUGCAGUGUUGCAUUCAUAUUUUAUGCGGGCCUUGUCGGAUUACGAUUCAUGGUGUGUAAGACACCUCGGGCGGACCGUCUGUCAUGUAAGCUAUACAGUGUAAGUCAUACCCUCAUCCGUGUAGCUUCGGCCUGACCGACUCUUUGAAGCUCUGGUUUUCUGUCGCACACCUACUUCCUGGUUACUGGCGUUACUUCAAUGAUGCGCGCAUGCAUCUUUCAUAGUAGUUAUAGAGGAGGUUUGAUUCAAGGAUUUCUCACCGUGGACUUACGGACAUCGCAUUUUGUUACACCAAUCAAACACACCGAGUUACUUUUGUUGUACACCUGUAGUAUAGACUUUCAUUAUCGAUCUCUUGAUACGGGCAAAUCAUUUUGGGGCCUUGGGUCGCUGCUAUCUAUGCCUUUGUUGCAAGUCGCU